AACGAGACGAACUUUGUAAAUCCACUUCCGCUUGCAGUUUUUAGAGACAAAUAUUUAUAACGAACCCAAAAAUGACUCAUUUAAGUGAAAACAAUGGAUAAAUAUCAUUCUUACACACUUUUUCUUUUAGCUUGACAUGAUUUUACGAUAAUUUUAAACAGUGGUUGGCAUUGACCAAGACAAAUGUCAAAGUUUUUCAGAUUUCUUUCUCGUCGUAGAACGGGUAGAGGAGUUAAACGGACUGAAAUUGGACACCCAAAGAAGAAAAAUGUUGUGCCCUGUAUUGUCAUGCUUCUGGAUGGGACUGACUUUAGUAUUGAUCUACCAAAAAGAUCUUUAGGCAGUGCCCUACUAGAACAAGUUUUAUAUCACUUAGAUAUCAUAGAGAAAGAUUACUUUGGUUUACAGUAUACAGAUCCUCACAAUGUUAAUCAUUGGUUAGAUAUAACAAAGCCUAUCAAAAAACAAGUUAAAAUUGGACCACCUUACACAUUCAGAUGUAAAAUAAAGUUUUAUUCAUCAGAGCCUAACAACUUACAUGAAGAAUUAACCAGAUACCAGUUUUUUCUCCAGUUAAAACAGGAUAUCCUGAAAGGGAAGUUACCUUGUCCUGAUGACCUUCAAAUUGAACUGGCUGCUUAUGCAUUACAAUCUGAACUUGGAGACUAUGAUCCUGAAAUACAUACCCCAGGUUUUAUAUCAGAAUUCCAUUUGGUUCCCAACCAAUCAGAAGAAAUGGAGGUAGCCAUAUAUGAAAAAUAUCAAACUUGCAAAGGCCAGAAUCCUGCACAGGCUGAAUUGAAUUAUCUGAACAAUGUAAAAUGGUUAGAGAUGUAUGGUGUUGACAUGCACAUUGUUAUGGGCAGAGAUGGCAUGGAAUAUAGAUUAGGGUUGACACCAACAGGGGUCUUAGUAUUUGAAGGCUCACAAAAAAUUGGCCUUUUCUUCUGGCCUAAAAUGACCAAGUUAGAUUUUAAAGGGAAGAAACUGACAUUAAUAGUUGUGGAAGAUGAUGAUGAGGGCCAUGAGCAAGAACAUAUAUUUUUGUUUAGACUACAGAAUGAGAAGGCUUGUAAACAUUUAUGGAAGUGUGCUGUAGAACAUCAUGCGUUCUUCAGGUUAAAGGGGCCAGUUAAAGGUCAAAAUGCUAGACAGAACUUCUUCAGAAUGGGAUCAAGGUUUAGAUACAGUGGAAGAACAGAAUUCCAGGCUGCUUCAGUGAGUAGAGCAAGGAGAAGUGUGAGAUUUGAAAGGAAACCUAGUCAAAGAUACUCCAGAAGACAGUCAUUUGAAAGGAGAGAAAAGGAAGAAAAAAUGAGGAGGGAUUCAGAAAGAAAAAAGAAGAGAGAGGAUAGGAAGCUUGCUGUGGAAGUCAAUGUUCCUGUGAUGCCUGUGGCUCCAUUACCUGCUUCCCCAACUGUCAAGACUCCGCCCACAUCUCCAAGAACUAAACAAGCUGCUCCCAAACCAUUUGUUACCAAUGGUACAGCUCCUGUAGAGGGAGCUAGUGCUGUGGACAGGCUAGAUACAUUGGUGAAGGGAGAUGGUAAUACAGCUUCUGGAUCACAGGAUAGCUCAGAGAUGUCACUUAAAGAUGCCUCUGAGAUGGCACAAGCCAGAAUAAAGGGAUUAGUAGAUAAUAACCGUACACACGUUCCAGCAAGGAAGAAUGAUGUCAAUAUCAAUAAAAAUAACCAGGUCAAAUAUCCAGGGGGAGCCACUUCCAUUCCUUCUGACCAAAUGAAGUGCAAUAUUCUAAAGGCUGCUAAAAUGGAGGAGGAACGUAAAGGUUUACUUCUUGAAGAAGAUGAAUCAGAAGACGAGGAACACAGUGAUAAUGUGGAUGGAGAAAGUAUAAAAUCAGACAGUGAUCAAGAACAUGACCCAGAGGUCAAACAGACAACAGUUCAUCUGAAUGACCUUAAACUUAAAACAACCAAUGAAAAUAGAGAAAAUGAGAGAAUUAUUCAGAAUACUGUUAUUAAAAGACCUCCAGUCCCUAAAAGAUCUUCACAGCCGUUAGAAAUAAGAAGUUCACAUAAUAACACAAGGAAUCCACAAAGUGAUACCAGACAUUCUCAUAGUGAUUCUAGAACUUCUCAAAGUAGUGACAUUAACAUGAGGACAUCUACUAGUGGGGACACAGGGAGAAGGAUUUCUCAUGGAAGUGAUACAGGCAAAAGGAUCUCACAAAGUGAAGCCAAUUCCUACAGUAGUUCACUGCCUAGAAAUUCUACUGUUACAGUCAAUGGUAUUGAACAAAAUAGGAGGAGAAAUCUGAGUUCAUCUACAGCUCACAAUGAGGUGUUCCUAACAACGGCUACAUCCACACCCUUUGGGACCACUGAUGAAGCUUUCACAAGCACUUCAACCACCAAGCAUACAUCUGAGUCCGGGAAAAGCUUGCAGAGACCUUCCAGCCCAGCUGUACAGAUCACAACUCCUGACUCUCCUAAACCCCCUCCAAGACCACCUCCCCCGAAUCGUGCAAGCACUCUUCCAAAACGAAAUUCUAGCAAAGAAGGGGAGAUAAUUAUUGAUUUUGCAAAUAAAUCUGAUGAAGAAGCUGCCAAGUCAUCUGGAAAGCCUAAACCUGCACCUAGAACAAAAUUAUCAAACAACCCAUCUAACGAAAAAGAAGGGGCACCAGUUCUUCCUCCAAAGCCUAAAAAUCCAUUCCAUGAUGAUAUGGACCAAAAUGAAACAGAAAAAUCUUUGGUAAAUUCUUUUGAUAAAUCUGGGGCUAUUCAAACUGAAAUAACCUCUGACCCUGUAAAAGAGGAAGAUAAAUGUACUGAAGCAUCUUUAGAUCAGAAGUUGACCCCUUCAUCACCCAAGGCUGGGAAAUCUCCUUCGGUGACCAAAAAGGCGGAGAAAGGAAACCCUCCCAAAGUUGCUAUUGAGUCUUCAUUCAUUGGUUCGAAGCCUUCAUCACGCAACCCUUCAACUUCUAGUUCCAAAAGUUUACCUUCUAGAUCAACAUUCACAAAGAACGUGGUCACGCACAAAUCAGAAUCUUCAUAUGGUACCAGUACAAAUGGGAAUGAUUUAUCACCCUGGCAUGUGACGCCACAAGAACCUAAAACUAUUGAAAGAAAAGUCACGUUGACAACAGAAUUGUAAAAUAAUUACAUUAAUUGUUUACUACUGUAUAUUUAAAUGGUUGUGUUUUAUAUCAGCUUUUUUCACUGUAAAAUCAAGGGCCUUCUUUUACUUAGGUCCAAUGCCCCUAUGGGAAACAUAUUCAACAGCUUAGUUCUAGUACCCCAGAGAAUCAAAGGUUUCUGUUAUGGUUUAACUAAGUCUAGGCUCAGAUGUGGGCGUAGGAUAAGGGUAAAGUUGAGGGAUAUAAACAGAGCCUUAGAUUAGCAAAGUUCUAUAUAUUAAAAGAUUGCAGGAGAAGUCAAUUUUAAGUUUUAAUAGCAUUUAUUGCUUGCAGCUAAAAGUAGGUUGUUAAUUGAUGAAAUUUUGUUAAAAAUGACUACUGGGCUUAAUUUUUUUUACGGAUCCAUUGUUACUUUUAUUUUACUACAGCAUAUCAUAUCCUUUUUAAACAUAUCAAGUUACAUUCAUUGUUUUAUUGCUUAUGCAAAGUAAGUGCUUAAUUUUAAAAUCUUGUUUUAUUUUGAUAAAUUUGAUGAAAGCGGUUGAUGAUGAAAUUGUGUGACUUGUUAUGUGCAAUGCUUUGAUUUCUUAUCCAGUAUUUUAGUACUUUUCUGUAUUUUUAUAAUUAAGCUAUGUGUAGCAAACCGGUGGCAUGGGUACAACUUGUUUAGCUUUUGUUGUUGUAUUGAACAAAUGUUUUAGAACAAAAUAACACAAUUUAAUUAAUUAUUGUGUACCUUCUCUCUGGAGAAAACCAAAAUUAACUGUUCCUGAAGGAUAAAAUAUUUAUGUCUGGUGAAUAAUAAUCAGAGUGUCUUUCACACUGACUCAGAUCCAGAGAUUAACAAGCCAUAUUCAAAAUAUGUUGAAAAUUAUUAGUUUUACAAGUUUUGUUGCUUGAGAGGUACUUUUUUAUUUGCUUUUAGGUUACAUAAUUGUGUGUGGCUUGUCAUCAUAUGAAAGAAGGGAAUUUUUGUUAGAAUUAUAUAACCAAAAGCUCCUUUCAUUAAUGACGUCUUUUAGCCAUCCAUUCCAGAAUUAAGUCCACAUCUAAAAAAAAUGGCACAUUUUUAGAACAACUAAAAAGACAUAUCAAGAUCAUUCAAUAGAAUAUUUGAGAUGGAAUUUUUCAAAUAUUUAUUUGAAAUAAGUGGUGCAAAAAAAUGUUGCGAUAUAAGUAGGGGUAGAGGGAAUAUACCCCUGAAAAUGACAUCCAUGCCUGUGCCUUCUGCAGCAAAUAUACAUAGUAUAGACAACUUAUUUUAUUUACUGAUGAGUAUAAGGGAUGAAUUUUGUAACCUACAUAUUUUUAUAUCAGCCAUGUUAGCUGUAGUAGACUUUAAUCACCUUCAAAAGGAAGACCAUAUCAGCAUCAUUGUAAAUUUCAUCUCUCAUUUUACUAAGGUUCAGAAUAUUAUUAUCAUAUCAUAUAUAUGUUUAGUACAUACUUCAAGUUCAGGUUCAAGCUUGUAUUGCUUUACAUUUUAUUUUCAUCAUUGCAUUAAACAUGCAGUAUUUAUGCACAUAUCUCAGCAUUGCCUGAUAUGCAUGUUACUAUCAACAAGCAAUAUUUCAGCUAGGCAGUUAGCACAUUUCAGUUCUAAAACAAAAAUGGAUGCUGUACUUGUAUCUUUCUUACUUUUCUCCUGAAUAUGUUUGAUAUCAGAGAUUUAUUUUGAUAGAAAAUUCUUGAAAUUAUGGACCAGCCAAAAAUGUUUUAAAAAGCCUAGUCAUUGUUAGCUACGCAUCAAAAUAAAACAUUUUUAUUCUAGUCCAAGAUAAAUUGUGAAAAUUAUUAAUCAGAAUUAUUUAUAUUGUUGUAAAUAAUCUAGUAGAUACUAGCACAGUGCUUUGUAUAUUUUGGAUGCAUGCAAAAUAAUUUUUUUUUUUAAAGUUUUCUUGAAAUAGAAUAAUUUGAAUUGUCUUUUUAUCUCCUACAGCAUAUCAUACAAUCUACCUGUAUCAUUGAAAUCAACAAGUAAUGGGCAUUUUAAAGUUCCGAUUUAAUGAAAGUUCUGGUUGCAUAAUAUCCAGAUUUUUUGGUUGUGAAAAUUGAUUUGUUGAAAAAUCACUCCAAGUUGUUUAUACAUAAAUUCAUUUUACAUGAACGAGUCUGAAGUGAUAGUUACUCACAUUCCUGUUUAAGACAUUGUUUAUUGUUACUUAAGCCACUUUAGUUUUCGAGAGACAAAUGGUUUUUGGGCUUAAGAAAAUGAGAAUAUGAGGUCAGCUGUUCAGUAGGUUGAAGUUCUUUGGUUGUUAAAGGGUAAAGAACUGUUCUGUGAUGUUGCAAUUUAUUAUCUUAUCUACAGGUUGUGAAUUAUUUUUAGCCAUUCCAAGCAUUUUAAAGACACUUGAGAUUGACAUUAUAAGACUAUAGAAUUAUAAGACAAUAUAUGUGGGUUUUUUAUCUGAAUUUAGGAAUAAAAUCAUGAGCUGCACAUAAAAUUGAAAAUUUCACCUUAAACAUGUAGUUUCAAAGUUUUUAUUUUUGUUGCAGUGAUUCUUUUUUAUGCAUAUCCUUCAACUUUUACACCUAAAAUACUUGCAAUGAAUGAGGGUUAUUUCAUUAAAAUAUGAGACUGUAAUUCUGUUAUCUUACUGUGUCAUUCUCAAGUAAAUUGUUUUUAUUUAUAAGCAUGGGUAAAUUAUACAUUGUUUUAACUUAUUCCAUCCUUAAAAUCAGUGCAGACUUUUUAUAUCAUUAUUAAUAUCAUGUGCCUUAUUGGUUAUCUUUACAUUUGUCUAUACAAUGAUGUUUAUUUUUAGAAUUUUUAACUCUAAAUUACAAAAUUUUAUCUCUAUGAUAGAGAAUAGUAUUACCAAUAAAAAGAACUGUUUGAAAAUAUGUAAGCUGUUAUGGAAAAACGGAAUUACUCCAGUUUGCAGGCAUCUUUUUAUAUUUUAUAUUCAGAAGUUAUUGAUAUGAAUCUCAGAUAACCAACCAAAGUGGGACAUGAAUUUUAUCUACUUGGAGAAUGUUUUUCACUUUUAUCUGAUUAAACAAUUAUUAUUCCAAAGUAUUUUUACUUAUGUAUUUUAAAAGAAUUUUGAAUUUAUAUACAUUUGGUUGUCUUACAGAUAAAUUAAAAAAAACAUGAUCCUUUUCGCUGGCUAAUAAUUAGAAUUUGUAACUAGAUGCCUUCCAAAUUGUCUAAUCUUUAGUUAUGCUUGAAAUAUUGUAACGUUGAAAUAUUGAUGAUGACCACUGUGAUUUUGAUUGUAACAGAUUUUCUACAUGAGUAAAGAUUGGAGAUUUUUGUAUUUCACAUAUCAGAGUCCAACUCAUAUCAAGUUUGAAGCAUAUCUUGCUUAUUUUCCUUUUGAGAUAUUUGGAGUCAUGAACCCAAUAUUAUAUUUGGGUUUUGAUAGACAACUUCUUUUAUGGAAAUUUGAAAGUUGGUGUGAUGCUGUAGUUUACAAAAUUAUCUUCAUAUUUUAGUGAUACAAAUGGCAUGGUAGUGUCAUAGAUAUAUCAUACAUGUAUUCAACCUUACUAUAAUAGAGAAGAAUGUUCUUAGAAGUGAACAAUUUGCAAAAAGGAACUGCCCACAAGUAUACUAACUUGAAUUAAAUAUGUUUAAAGGAAAUAACUUCAAACUGUCUGUCUAUAUCUUAAUUGGUUUUAAAUAUCAUAAUUGUGAAAUGUUUACUAUAACAAUUUAUUCUACUAUAUAUAUUUAUAUUUUACAUUACAUUACACUUCAUCUGAUCUAUACAAAACAUUUUAUUACAUUUCCUAUAGAUAAUUUUAUGUGAUACCUUGCCACUAUUUUCUGUCUGUAUAAAGCUUGUUAUGUUUGUGCUGUAAAGAGCUUGUUUUCAUGUCAUUCAAAUAAAUCAUGAAUUAUC